CAGGUGGAGAUGGAGGGAUUGUCGGGGAAGAUCGCCUUCGACAGCCACGGAUUCCGGACGGAUUUCAACCUGGACCUGUUGGAGCUUCUGAACCCGAAGGGACUGACCAAGGUCGGGACCUGGAAUCGCCAAGACAAGGUCAAAUUCACCCCUCCCCCCGAGGUCGACGUCAAGAACUCCUCCUCCCUCUUCGAUCGCACCCUCGUCGUCACCACUUUCUUGGGUCCACCCUACACAAUGUUCAAGGAGUCGCCUCGACUGCUGACGGGGAACGACCGCUUCGAGGGCUUCUGCAUCGACCUGAUCGAGGAGAUCGCCCAUCGCCUCGGCUUCAAUUACACCUUCAAGCUCGUGGACGACAAGCAGUACGGGAAGUACGUGAAGGACCCGAACCACGAAAAGGGCGGUUAUUGGAACGGGAUGAUCGGGGAGGUCAUCAAUGGGGUGGCGGACAUGGCGAUCGCGGAUCUCACCAUCAACUACGUCAGGAGCGAGGUCGUCGAUUUCACCACGCCCUGGAUGAACAUCGGUGGCAUCUUGUACCAGAAGCCGACGAAGAAACCACCGAAUCUCUUCAGUUUCCUCUCCCCUUUGUCCCUGGAUGUGUGGCUCUACAUGGCAGCUGCUUAUUUCGGAGUCUCCAUCCUUCUAUUCCUCCUUGCCAGAUUCACGCCAUACGAAUGGGUGAACCCGUAUCCGUGCGUGGAGGAACCAGAGGAGCUGGAGAACGAACUCACGCUGUCCAACGCCUUCUGGCACAAUUGGGGAUCCCUCAUGCAGCAGGGAUCCGACAUCGCCCCCAAGGCGGUGUCCACGCGCAUGGUGGCGGGGAUGUGGUGGUUCUUCACCCUCAUCAUGAUCUCGUCGUACACGGCGAACCUGGCCGCGUUCCUCACCGUGGAGCGACUGGAGUCCCCGAUCGAGAGCGCGGAGGAUCUGUCGCAGCAAGGGGAAGGAAUGCGUGAUGCACGGGAAAAGAAGGAGGAAGACGGAUCCACUGCGUGCACCAUGCACGACCCAAGUCCACUCCCUCUCGCGGUCCUCGUAGUACUGAUCGGCUCCGUCCGUCCUCUGCCUCAGGCCAUUCGCGUCGGGGCGCUACUGGGCGACAGGGACCCCGGGCUGGAGAUCGCCUUCAAGUAUGGGCUGAGAACCGUGAAUGGGAACUAUUCCCUCCUUCCCGACACGACCCUGAUACCCCAGGUGGAUUGGAUCCAUCCUCGCUCCAGCUGGGAUGCGGAACAACGAGUGUGCAAGAUGCUGAAAACCGGGGUGGCCGGAAUCUUCGGCCCGAUGGAGCCCAGCGCGGCCUCCCACGUCCAGAGCAUCUGCGACGCCUUCGAGAUCCCCCACGUGGAGAUGCGCUGGGACUACAAGGAGGAGAAGGAGGUCUACACGGUCAAUCUCCAUCCGCAUACGAGGUCGCUGGGGAAGGCCUACUACGACGCGGUGGUGGCCUACCGCUGGAAGUCCUUCACCGUCGCCUUCCAGGACGACGAGAGCCUCCUGCGGCUGAAGGAUGUCAUCCAGGCCACGGACGGGAAGCAGCUGCACGAGAGGGUGCGGGUGAGGCGGCUCCCGAAGGAUCUCAGGGAUUUCAGACCGACCCUGCAGGAGCUGAAGAACCUGGGCGAGACGCAGAUCGUCGUGGACCUGCAGACGGACCUGAUCCGGGAUUUUCUCUGGCAGGCGCAGCAGGUCGGGAUGCUCACGGACAAGCAGAGCUACCUCUUCACGUCGCUCGACUUGCACACGCUGGACCUGGAAGACUUCAAAUACGGCGGGACGAACAUCACCGGCUUCCGCCUGGUGGACGUGACCCGACGGAACGUGUCGGACAUCGUGAUGGCCUGGAUCGCCGGGGAGAGGGAGUCCGGGCGGACGUCGGGGGCAAAUGGAGGGAUUAAUUUGAUUUUUGUUUCGGUUGAUCAGACGGAGACGGCGUUGAUGUACGACGCGGUGCUGGUGUUCGCUCGGGCGCUGCACCAGCUGGAUCACAGCCAGAAGGUGGAUGUGAAGGGGCUGGACUGCGGGCAGAACGACGCUUGGGAGCAUGGCAACUCGCUUACGAAUUAUAUGAAGAUGGUGGAGAUGGAGGGAUUGUCGGGGAAGAUCGCCUUCGACAGCCACGGAUUCCGGACGGAUUUCAACCUGGACCUGUUGGAGCUUCUGAACCCGAAGGGACUGACCAAGGUCGGGACCUGGAAUCGCCAAGACAAGGUCAAAUUCACCCCUCCCCCCGAGGUCGACGUCAAGAACUCCUCCUCCCUCUUCGAUCGCACCCUCGUCGUCACCACUUCCCUGGUUCGUGAGUCUUUUAUUUUAUUAAUAUAUAUAUUUAGGAUCUUUGCAAAUCCGCACGAAAAACAGGAUGAGAACCGAAAACAGUUUUGGAAUCGGUCAAGAGCGAAAAAGCAGGGACAGAUGCGAAAAAACGUGAAGCAGAACGCGCGCAUGGAAGAGAGGAGUCACGCCCCGGGUCCCCGCCGCACCUUAGGGAUCGCCCACGACCGAGAGGGAACUGCGACCAAUGACCGGAGAAGCCGUGGAGGUCCACCCUACACAAUGUUCAAGGAGUCGCCUCGACUGCUGACGGGGAACGACCGCUUCGAGGGCUUCUGCAUCGACCUGAUCGAGGAGAUCGCCCAUCGCCUCGGCUUCAAUUACACCUUCAAGCUCGUGGACGACAAACAGUACGGGAAGUUCGUGAAGGACCCGAACCACGAAAAGGGCGGUUAUUGGAAUGGGAUGAUCGGGGAGGUCAUCAAUGGGGUGGCGGACAUGGCGAUCGCGGAUCUCACCAUCAACUACGUCAGGAGCGAGGCCGUCGAUUUCACCACGCCCUGGAUGAACAUCGGGAUCAGCAUCUUGUACCAGAAGCCGACGAAGAAGCCACCGAAUCUCUUAAGUUUCCUCUCACCUUUGUCCCUGGAUGUGUGGCUCUACAUGGCAGCUGCUUAUUUCGGAGUCUCCAUCCUUCUCUUCUUCCUUGGCAGAUUCACGCCAUACGAAUGGGUGAACCCGUAUCCAUGCGUGAAGGAGCGGGAGAAGCUUGAGAACGAACUCACGUUGUCCAACGCCUUCUGGCACAAUUGGGGAUCCCUCAUGCAGCAGGGAUCCGACAUCGCCCCCAAGGCGGUGUCCACGCGCUUGGUGGCGGGGAUGUGGUGGUUCUUCACCCUCAUCAUGAUCUCGUCGUACACGGCGAACCUGGCCGCGUUCCUCACCGUGGAGCGACUGGAGUCCCCGAUCGAGAGCGCGGAGGAUCUGUCGCAGCAGACGAAGAUCAAGUACGGGUGCGUCUCGGGGGGGUCCACACACUCCUUCUUCCAGAGCUCGACGUUGCCGACGUUCAACCGGAUGUACAACUUCAUGGAAGCUCACCCGGACGUGCUGACGAAGAACAACGAGGAGGGGAUGGAGCGGGUGAUGAAGAGCAACGGGAUGUAUGCGUAUCUCAUGGAGAGUUCCACGAUCGAGUACAUGGUGGAGAGGAACUGCGAGUUGGCGCAGAUUGGGGGGCUGCUGGAUAAUAAAGGAUAUGGGAUUGGGCUGUCGCUUGGUGAGAGGUUUUUGGGGUUUUUCGGGUGGUUUUGGGAGGUUUUUGGUGAUUUGUGGGGUUUUGGGAUGGCGAGCGGCGGGAGCAGCAAACCGGCGGAGUUGGGACUGGCGAACGUCGGGGGUGUGUUCGUCGUGCUGCUUGGGGGAAUGGGGAUCUCGUGCGUCAUCGCGGCGGGGGAGCUCCUCUGGGGGUCUAAGCAGACGGCGGAGAAGGAGCAGAUUCUGAAGGAACUGAAGUUCGCCCUGAAGUGCCGCGGCAGCACGAAGCCCGUGAAUAAGGAGGGCCUCUCGCGGGGGCCGAGCAUCCCGAGGUUCCCCGUAUAUUCGUACAGCGGCGGGGUCCGGCAGGAAAUGAAUGCCUGA